AUGGAGGAAAACCAGACAUCCGUCACAGAGUUCAUUCUCCUGGGGUUUCCCCUUGGCCCGAGGGUUCAGAUGCUCCUCUUUGGGCUCUUCUGCCUAUUCUACGCCUUCACCUCACUGGGGAAUGGGGUCAUCCUGGGGCUCAUUUCACUGGACCCCAGACUGCACACCCCCAUGUACUUCUUCCUCUCCCACCUGGCCAUUGUUGACGUAGCCUACACAUGCAGCACGGUGCCCUGGAUGCUGGUGAACCUCUGGAGUCCCACCACACCCAUAUCCUUUGCUGGCUGCAUCACACAGACCUUCUUCUUUUUGACUUUCGCUCACACGGAAUGUCUUCUCUUGGUUGUGAUGUCCUACGAUCGCUACAUGGCCAUCUGCCAUCCUCUCCGGUACUCUGUCAUCGUGAGCUGGAGGCUCUGCAUCACCCUGGCCAUCACCUCUUGGGCGUGUGGCUCCCUCCUGGCCCUGGUCCAUGUGAGCCUCAUCCUGAGAUUGCCCUUCUGUGGGCCUCAUGAGAUCAACCACUUCUUCUGUGAACUCCUCUCUGUCCUCAGGCUGGCCUGUGCAGACACUUGGCUCAACCAAGUGGUCAUCUUAGCUGCUUCUCUGUUAGUUUUAGUGGGGCCCCUCUGCCUGGUGCUGGUCUCCUACGUCCAUAUUUUUUUUGCUGUCCUGAAGAUCCAGUCCGGGGAGGGCCGCAGAAAGGCCUUCUCCACCUGUUCCUCCCACCUCUGCGUGGUUGGGCUCUUCUUUGGCAGUGCCAUGGUCACUUAUAUGGCUCCCAAAUCCAGCCACCCUGAGGAACAACAGAAGGUCCUUUUCCUGUUUUACAGCAUUUUCAACCCUAUGCUGAACCCGCUGAUCUACAGCCUGAGGAACGCAGAGGUGAAGGGUGCCUUGCAGAGAGUGUUAUGCAAGGAGAGUCAUUCCUGA